AUGGAACGGCCGAUCCAUAGGGGCCCGGGCUGGCGGGGCGGGGACAGCGGCCGCCCGGGCUGGGCGGCGGGGCGCCGAGUGCGCAGUGUGCGGACGCUCCCCCUGCAGACACGCGCGGAGGGCCGAGUCCCCCCGUCUGGCGCUCGGCCCCGGGCACGACCCCGCGACUUCAGCGGCCGGUACCUGCUCGCACGGUCGGUGCUCGCCGCCGCCGCCCCGCCCCCCGCGCGCCCGCGACAACCUGACGCGAGCCUGGCUCCGCCCCAGCCUGCGGACCCCAGGAGCGGGGCUACCGGGAGCCCGGGCCCGCCCCCUUGCCAGUCCCCGCGCCCAUUGGUCGCGGUGUCCGGUCCACAGGUUCCUCUCCACCCCCUGCGCCUCGGGCGCCCCGCCCCCUUUGCGGGCUUCUGGUCUCAAACCCAGGUUGACCCAGCGCUCUCUCCCAUUGGUCCGCUACGGCUCCAACCAUUGGCCCGCGGCACCUGUCCAUUUCCUGGGAGAGCGCGGCACCUCCCGGCGGGAGAAGGCUCCGCCUCAUUGGGCGCGCUGGAGGGAAGGUCGCUCCUGGGAGGUAAUACCGAGCUUUCAUUCAGAUCCGAAAGGUCGGAGCGGAGACCACCCCUUUUGUUUGCUCUCCUUUUUCAGUUGAUUCUGAAAUCAGAAUCCUCUUGGAUCCGACUGCACUGGUUCAACCUGGAGGAUCAGCUUCUGCCCCCCAUGCUCCCGCCCCGGGGCCUUCCACCCCCUAUUGGAGCCUCUGAGGUCAGGCCCGUUCCAGUGCUUAUUCCAAGGGCUCUUGGGGCUACACGCCUCGCAUUUACGAAGUCUGCGCAGCUCGCCCUCUCCCCAAUUCCUGCAGGAGAAAAAUUCCAAUGCCAUCGUCGUUUUAGAAUCUAGAAAGGCCGGAGUCCGCCUUCCUGAGGCUUCCCGCUGAGACAAGGAAAGCUGUCUUGAAGUGGGCUUGCUUUCCCUGAAGAGAAUCAACUUUUCUACAAUCCCUGGGUGUCUCUCGCCUGGAAUUGCACCUCGGUCAUGGUGGUGACGUCUGCUGAGCUCAGAGCAAAAACCAAACUCAGGACACUUUAACAUUAAGAAAGAAGAACAUACGGGGCCCCUAGUGUUCUCUGCUUUAAUCCUAUUGUAGCAAAGUCAACUUCCACUAAGAAGAGUUCUCUGUUAUUUCAAACAAGCCAGCGUUUAAGGAUCUCGCCUGAUAGCCACUAAACUGUGCUACCUUCUCCUCUUCGGAACAGGAAUAAAGAAGAUUUAUUUACCAAGAGUUAGUGUUUCUCUAACUAUUUGCUUGUUUAAUUUUUUGUUGGGAUUCAUUAUUAGACAAACGAGCAAUGUGGGGAAAAAAAUAAAAUAAAACCAGGCGGGAGAGCUGGGGCAAGUGCUUAGCACUGGCCUGCAGCCUGCUCAUCCUGAAAGUAGAGGCAAGACUGCAAGAUUGGUGUGGUUUGCCGGUGAAUAUGGCUGCGCUGAACCCUGGGCAUCCGCGUAUUUAAGGUCAUAAAAAAGACAAGUGAAAUGAUACUGUUCAAAAGAGCAGCCAGCCAGGCCAUGUAGCACGCUUGUGAUUCCGGCUACUCAGAAGGCUGAAGCAGGAGGAUCGCAAGAGCAAUGUGAGCAAUCUAGUGACUGAGCAAGACUAUCUCAAAAUAAAAAGGC